AUGCCUCUCAUCAAUCGGCAGAACCUUGACGACGAUGUAGUGGUCCCGGCCCACUACGGCGGCUGGUCACCGCUCAGCCCCGGCGCCGUGGUUGGCGUCACGCUCGGCGCCGUCGUCGGGUUCCUCCUCGUCCUCUGGAUGUUCUACACCUGCAUCAACUUCGGCCGAGCUCCCGUCGAACCCUCAUCAUCGUCGUUGUACACACCCACCGCGACAUCUGUUCUUUCAGUUCGGUCUCGGAGCCGACAUCACCGCAAACACCGCAGUCCGGCUCGCGGACCAAGAAUAAUCGCGACGGAGGAGGUGAGGGUCCGAGAGAGGGACAGCGUAAGCCGUACUAGAGGCGGACCGAUCAUUGUUGACGCGGAUCCGCCGAUGGUGGAGCGUAGAACGAGCCGGGGACCGCCGCCUCCCAGGAUCGUGACAGAUGAGGAGGAGGAGGUUGUCGUAAUCGAGGAGCAUGAGCCUGAGAGGAGGCGGAGGAGGAGGCACAGCAGUUCUCACAGGCACAGUAGCCGACACGAGAGCCGGAGACGUAGUAGUCGCGACUACUAG